CGGUGGCGACCGCAGCGGCGGCGGAGGGGAUCGGCUUGGCGGCAUGAGCCGGGCGGGACAAAGAACGGCUGGGCUCGGCGGCCACCGCGGCGGGUGAAACGACCCCCCCAAAAAACCCCAAUCCCAGCCGGGAUCGGCUCUCGGAGAAUCUCCGCUGCCUGCUCCGGUUCCCAAAGGGGCUUCUAUGGUCCGUCCGCUUGCCUGGAUAUCGUGAGGCUCGGCGGAGGCUCCGGAUGAACGUCCAGGAAAUGAAGCCACAGAGGAGCUGUUCCAGAUGACCUUCCUGGAGUGAAGAUGUCCUCCUUAGACCCCCUGCCUCCCGCCACGCCUCCCUCUCAGAAACCCACUCGCAUUAUCAAGCCACGUCCGCCCACCAGGCCGCGUCCUUACCUGCCCCCCAGGCCGGACUCCGCCAAGCUGCUCCGGGUUCCCACCCCUCCUUUGCCGCUGGAGAAGGACGGGCGCUCUCCGGCCACCGAACACCCGGGCGGCACCGCUCAGCCCUUGCACAAGCUGCAGAAAUCUGGCGCCGUUCGCAAGAUCGUGGUCCACUUCGAUCAAACGAGUCCGCCGGAGAAAGAGGAAGCGGGGAAAAGUGUCCGAUCGCCGCCUUCCAGCUGCCAGCAAGAUGAGAACAAGGAAGAAAAAGCCAUUGGAGAAAAAGAGAUCCUGGAUCGAUUGGAUCUUUGCAAGGAAACCAAGCCAUCUGUAUUAUCGGAGGUGGAGCAAAACGGGGUGGAUUUUCCCACGUCCUGUCCGUCCGGCUGCCCCUGCCUUUGCCAUCAACAGAACCCGGGCAUGGUUUUGGUUUGGGUCCCCGCAACAUCCCAGCUGCAGGAGAUGGAGAACGGGCUGGCUUCGGACCUCUCAUCCUCUGCCGACGAAGGGGGAGCCUCUUUCCAAAAAUCCCUGGGAAUCGGUGCCUCGCCUGCCCAGCCUUCCUCCAUCGCAGCGGGCAGGGUCCCGAAAUCUCGCCGCUUGUCCCGAAGCAAAAAGCCCCUUGACUCCCCGCCGUCCACCAACGGGCACCCCGAAGGGGGUGUCGUGCUGACCAGCUACCGUUCCACAGCCGAGCCCCUUCCCUUACGCUGCCCGCCGUUGAUGCCCAAGCCGCCCCGUCGCAACAAAGGAGGUGGCUCCGUCUCUCUGGAUGGCGAGCUCCUACCCCCGGCCAUCCCACCCAAAGCCCCCAUGAAACCUCCUCGCAACUCCUUGGGGUCCUCGGCUCGCCGGAGUUCCCUCCAAUACCCGCUGGAGAUGAAUCAGCUUCCUGGCCGUGUCUCUCCUUUUGGUGUCGGGGAAGGCUUUCUCAUGCUGCCUCCCCCCACUCAGCCACCCCCACCUCCCCCAACUUCCCAGACCCCUCCGCCUCUCCCCAUUUCUCAGGCUCGCCCCCAGAUGUGCACAGCACCCCCUCCGCCCUCCCAGCCCCCUCCCCUGCUGCCUCAGGGUCUCCCUCCUCCGCCAACUCAGCCGCCUCCACCUCUGGAAGGUUCACCUCUGGAUGACAGCCCUUGUCAAGGUGGCUGUGAAAAUGAAGAGAGCAGUUUCAGCGAGUCGGAAACGGACAAAUCAGACAACAGGCAUUCUUCGGUGCUAUCUUCCAAGAGUCCGGACUGGGGGCUUUGCCUGCAGGAUGAGCCUUUGUAUCAAACCUAUCGCCAGGCCGUCAUCUCCAAGGAGAUCAAGCGGCAAACGGUGCCACGGAACAGCAGUUUCAGCAGCUCGGACUACAGAGCCCCUUCUCCUGGGGAAGGGUCAACGGGACCCCAGGGCCCCGUCCCUCAUAGCACCCUUUGGCAGGAGCUGCCAGCUGUGCGAGAAAGUGGCGUUUUGGAAAACAUCAGCCCAGAAGAGAGGAAAAUGCAAGAGAGUCUCUUUGAGGUGGUGACCUCUGAAGCUUCCUACCUACGCUCGCUUGCCCUUCUGAUCGAGCACUUCAUGGAGUCUCGGGAGCUGGCUGGCACCAUCCUUCUGCGCGAGCACCGGAUUCUCUUCUCCAACAUACGCAAAGUCCAGGAAGUGAGCGAAAGGUUCUUACAGGAUCUGGAACGGCGGCUGGCGGAAAGCCUGCAGAUCUCAGACGUUUGCGAUAUUGUGGAGGACCACGCUCAGCAGAGCUUCUCGGUCUACAUUGAUUACGUCCGCAACCAGCUCUACCAGGAAAAGACCUACAGUAGCCUCAUGGAGAAGAAUGCUCAGUUUGCCAUCGUGGUUACCCGACUCCAGGAGCAGCCCCAGUGCCAACGCCUCCCCUUCAUGUCCUUUCUGCUGCUUCCUUUCCAGAGGAUCACACGUAUCAAGAUGCUCUUGGAGAAUAUCCUGCGCCGGACGGAAGAAGCGUCUUUGCGAGAACAAAACGCUCUGAAGGCCCUGGCUUCUGUUUCCAAGAUCAUUGAAGAAUGUAACUCCGAGGUCGGCCGUAUGCGUCACAUGGAAGAACUCAUUUACACGGCGAGCAAGAUUGAGUUUGAUAAGCUGAAGGCCGUUCCCAUCAUUUCCCAGACCCGACAGCUGUUAAAGCAAGGAGAACUCCUGGAAGUUGUGCAUCGUGGCACCAUCUUUGGUAACAAGCCCAAACUGAUCCCCAUCUACCUGUUCCUCUUCAACGACCUGCUGUUGGUCACUCAACGUAAGAGCUCAGAACGCUUCGUGGUGCUGGAUUAUGCCCAUCGCUCACUAGUCCAAGCCCAGAGUUGCGAGGACACCACUGCCGGCCCAAACGCAGAGAACAGCUUCUACCUGACGUUGAUGGAGAACCACCAGGGGCGGAGUGCCGAACGCCUCUGUCGCGCCCCGACGCAAUCCGAUAUGCACCGCUGGAUGGGUGCUUUCCCAUGCCACGAGUCCCAGCCUAAUAACAAGCAGGAAACCAUCUAUGAAGAUUGGGAUUGUCCCCAGGUGCAGUGCACAGAGACUUACAGGGCUGCCCAGGCAGACGAGCUGAGUCUCGAACAGACGGACAUUGUCAACGUGGUGCGCAAAACCGAGGGCUGGUAUGAGGGCAUACGCCUAGCCGACGGCAAGAAGGGCUGGUUCCCCUCUUGCUAUGUGCAGGAGAUCACGAACGAACACGUACGCCGCCGCAACCUCCGGGAGCGUUACCGCGUCCUCCAGGUGGCCCGCCAGCUCCAGCUGAUGCGCACCAAUUGUGCCAAAAGCAAGUACAGCUCAGCCUGAGACCAAAAGCGCACAGACAGUGGAAGCCAGUGACGGGAUCCCUGGACUGCGAUCAAUCUCAUGGCUGGACUCGAAGUUCAAGUUUGAUUUCGUUGGGCAUGGAGCAACAUUUGCCUCAAGGGGGAGGGGUAUGCUGAAGAUGGGGAGGAGGGCCGAGAGCAGUUGCGUUUUGGAUCGAAGGCCGCUGAAGGAUGAGAAAGCAGAAGAGGCGAAAGAUGCCCUAAUUAAUUCAUGAGCCUCGAGCAAAGUUUGCCUGAUUUAACUGUCCGGCGCUGCAAUGCCAGCAGCUAGCCAGCGGAGGCACUACUUCAAAUGUGUCCCUUCUGCCAGAAGGGGGCGACAGACUGCAUUUUUCAGUCGCCCUGCAGUGUUUACAGACUUUGCAAUGUCCCGUUCUUACCGUUCCCAAGUCACAUCCUAAAUUCCAGUGAAUCUGCGUGGCAGCUCGGUAACCCCAAGCGAGGACCAUGAACCUUCUCCGACGAUUGGGGUGAAGAGGUGCCCCCCCUCAUCUUCUAUCUUAAAUAGCGAUGGUGCCAUAUUUCAGGAGAUGCCCUGAUCCGAGAUGAACGAUGAAAUGGAUUGCCUCGGGUUUAACCAGAAGGGUCGGUUCAACACGAGCAGCAGUUCUACCUGCCCCCCACAUUUUGCAAUGACUUAUCCAUUAAUGAUUCAGGCCUACCACCUCGUAGCCUUCUUUUGGGGCUGGUUGCAGGCUGGUUUGUAUUUCACCCACGUUGACAGAUGGGUGCGCCUUGCGCUUCGUUGGCACAACUCUGCUAGGCAGAACACACUCCCCCCCCCUCCGCCCCCAAUAAAAUGUGUUUUGCAAACAGGAUCCACACCGGUAUUACCAGUUUCCUAAUCCCGAUCAAAGUGCUGUGGCUGCCAAUACUUCAAAACCUUCCCGACAGUCCUUAACCUGGGCUCAGGGGAUGUCCCUUUUCUACCUCAAUUCCUUUCCUUUCUGGUGUCGGGAAUCUGGGACUCCUACAAACUGUGGACCCAGCUACCCUGUUUCCCUGAAAAGAAGACCUCCCCGGAUAAUAAGCCCAAUCGGGCUUUGGAGCGCAUGCGCUAA